AUGCGAUUGGUGAACUUCCUUGCAGACGGUCCGAUUCCCGCUGCCCCUCUAUCCCCAAACUGUAUGGCCGACUCGACUGGCCUACAUACCGCCCAGUCCCGUUCAAAAGGUCUGUCUGCCCGACGGUGGGAUCAUCAGCCGAUCUGUCCGCUGCGCAGACGCCCGGUCAUGAGGCCGGUCCGACAAGAGACGACGUCUGACUGCCCGAUGGAGCUCAGGCUCGAGUCCCGCCAGUUUGAAGAACCCGAGGCUGAGGCGGUGCGAGGGCAGGAGACGAGAGAGAAUGCCCAAAUAUUAACUGGAUUUUUAGACCUCUCCUGA